AUAGCAACCGUUGCUAUGGUGCCAGAGUAACAAGUUCUUCCCAACUUUCUAUGUGAUCAUAUUGUUUUUAUUUGUUUAUUAGUGAAAUAAUUAUCAAAAUGGAUCCACCAUCAACGGGGACUCUACAGUCUCCGUCUUCGCAUUCUACGGGUUCGAAGACUGGCAGUAGCAAGUCUGCGGCCAGCUCGGUGGAGCAAAGGGAGAAGGAUAUGGACCUUACGAAGGACAAUUCGGCAUCCCCUAUCGACUUGGAAUGCCACAUCCAGUGCGAGCGCAUCACCAAGAUCCUUGACGAAGCCAUCUACAAGGCGAAGCUGUCCAUCUGCCUCCCGGAACUCGUGAAGGAGUACAGACUCCUCAACAAGGUCCUCUCGCCUCCGCACAUGGACGACCUGAUUUUUAUCUUUGAGCAGUAUGAUAAUCCUCUGUUCUCCGCCAGCCUCCUCAACAUGGCUGUCAUGGAUGAUUUGAAAGCGGGAGAUUUAUCUCUGAAAAACCGCCUGAAUCCGGAACUGGGUCAUCUACUGUACAUCAUGAACAGCUACCCUCAGCUCAGGCCCAGAGUUGAAGAGAUGAUAGAAAAGGCAAAAGCAGUUGAAAAACAUGCUCCAAGUCCUGGCCUCGAGUUUCUGUUAGAGUUGGAACGUUUCCGUGAUUUGAUGGUCUGGCAAAUGGAGACCACUGCCGCAGAGGAACUCGCUGCCAAAAUCAACACGAGGAAAUUAGAGGCUUCUAAUGAACAACUCAUUUUAAGGAUUAAAGAAUAUACACAGAUAUUAAAGGAAGAAAGCGAUCGCUUCGAGCAAACCAUAUCUUUGAAAGCAGAAAUCAUCCAGAAACUGGAACACGAGCUAGCCAUCCUCAACUACGACGCUACUGUCAGGCUUAAGAAGAAAAUUUUGGAUUCAGAGCGUCAAAUGGUGUUGGCCACUCGAACACAUGCUGUCAAAAAUGAGAUGUUAAAAGAAGAAGAAGUGCAAACUAGGGACGAGUAUGAAAACCUAUUGAGGCAGCAUCUUAUUGAAGAGAAGAACCAGAGGGCUCGCAGGUUUAAGGUAGAGACGCAGUUACUAUCGUGGCUCCAGAAGUACGAUAUAGAGAUGAGUGACAAGCAGGUUGAGCUGGACGAGUUCUCGCAGAAGUAUGAUGAUGAAGUGGACAAAUGUGAAGACUUACAGAGACAACUAGCAGAACAAGAUAAAGAAUACAUUCCGUUGAUGGCUGAGCGCGAGGAAGAAUAUCACCAGGAGAUGACGGAGAAGAUGAACAAGUUCCUGAUGGAGCACGCCGCGAGGGUCAUCCAGCACGCCUGGAGGGAGGUCCUCAUCAACCGCGCAGAAAAGAAAAAGUUGAGGAAAUUAUUGAAGAAGAUACAAUCUGCCGCACCGCCACUCGAACUCUUGGCCGGGAAGAAAGGAAAGAAAUAAAUUCACUACGAUAUUUGAAUUCGAAUCGUUAAUUAUGGUCGUAUAUCAGUAUUUUUUUUUAAUAAUUUACUUUAAUACAUUGGAGUAAUAAAACGAA